AAAACCGUUUCAUGUUCCCCAGAGCCUCCGCAGAUAAAUCAGACUUCUACCUGUUCACAAGCAAAGACAUUGCUCACACUCAAGAGUGGCAAACGUCCCCCAAAAAGCCGACCCCCGCCUGGCGUAUUGAUCAUCCUCAAUUUAUGAAUAUCACAGUUUGACAUUUACCAAUAAUCCCCCCCCCCUCGUUCCAACAACAGCCGAAAACAAUCGUCAGUGUUACAAUAAAUCCAAUCACACCAGAUGCACAGUAACGAAUGAAUUAUCAUUGCAUUUACGACGCAAUAGGGCCACGUUCUAUCGCUCUUCUUAUGACGUCACUCUCCGCGAGUUACACAAGCGUCAUCGGUCAGUCUACUUGAUAAAUUUAGCAAACAACUGAGAAAACAGCGAGGAGAAGUCCUUUUUCCUAUUUUGUUGAGAAUAGAAUCAUCAAUUGUUGACUGUUAUCUUCUCCAAACGCAAUUGAGUCAACUUGACGAGUGAAUUUUCGUUGAAUUGCUGUCGUUUUCAUUAGCCCAGUGAAACAGCGAAAGAAAACGAAUUCAUGUGAAAAUAAUUUGACAUUUUUUCCUGUUUAAUUUAUGGAAAAUAUGUGAAAAAUUGACGAGUUGCCUUCAUCGAGGAGACAAAGGUUUUGGAGUGCAAUUGUUUGGACAUCGAGGGGUAAUAAUGUCGAUGCAACAAUUCUGCCUUCGUUGGAACAAUCAUCAGCCGAAUUUCAUAUCUGUUUUUUCAACUCUUCUGAGCAAUGAGACACUAGUUGAUGUGACACUUGCUGCUGAGGGGAGACACUUGCAGGCACACAAAGUCGUUUUGUCAGCUUGCAGCACGUACUUUCAGUCACUUUUCACGGUUAAUCCCUGUCAGCAUCCUAUUGUUAUACUGAAGGAUGUGAAGUUCUCGGAUCUCAAGAUUAUGGUGGAUUUUAUGUACUAUGGGGAGGUCAAUGUCUCUCAGGAUCAGCUGCCAUCUAUUAUUAAGACUGCCGAGAGUUUAAAGAUCAAAGGUCUCGCCGAGAUGCACACAGCGUCAUUAACGAAGUGGCCAAGUGGUAGUUCAGAGCCGAGCGAUGGAAACAGGGGUGAAUCAUGCUCACCUAGCCCAUCACCAAUGUCACCAUCCUACAGGAGAAAGAGAUUGAGGAAGACGUCGACUGGCUCGACGUCUGGAUCUGGAGAUAAGCAGGAGGAAGUCAGUGAAAUAACUCUUGUUGCCACUAAUAUUGUCAAACCAGAGCCACUCAUUAUGACACAGGAGAGUGGUGAGAAUUUAAGGCGCCCUAUUAAUACCAGCACUGAGUCGCAAGGGAGUAUCGAUGAGGAUCAAAUAUCAAUUAUGAGCAACAUGGAGAGUAGUUCAGCAACGACUCCGGCCCAAAGUGAGAGUUCAAUGCAGGACGUGAGUCAGCAAUCAGGUACAAACGUGCAGAGUUCAUUAUCAUCAGGGCAGACAUCAGCACAUCAAGGAUUGCAAUGGACAAUCAUGGAGCACACGUAUCCACGUUUCGCUCUAUCCUCGUGUCAAACGAAUCUGUCGAUUCAAGCAUCAUCGGCAUUCACAACCCCCGAAAUAACGGCAUCAUCGAGCAUCAAUGAUCAGUAUCCUGGUACAAAUACCCCAGGCUCGAGUUGUGCAUUAACGAAUUAUACGAGUCCAACGCAUGGAGGGCUUCAGCCAUCGUCAGGUGGUCCAUCGCCAUCGGGACAGUGUACAAAUACGUGUCAGAGUCCCUGCGCCAGUCCUCAGGCGACAGUCAAGAGAAAGAGAUCGACAAAUCCCCAGGCAGAUGAGAAUUUCAUCAGGGCUUUGGAUGCUGUUCGCUAUGGGGGCAUUGGUUUUUGCAAAGCUGCGAGAAUGUUUGGGGUCAAUAAUCGAACCCUCUGGCUGGAGUACAAGAAGAGGGGCUAUCCCAAUAAUCGGCCCAGUCUCAAGUCCAGGGUCAAGCAGGAGGCGCCCACUUCACCACCACCUGCACCAACAUCACAGCCUGUUAACUCACAGAGCCCCACACCUAUGGGACCUCCUACCACUCCUCAUAGCACGCAUAAUACUCUCAAUACUCACACUAUGCUCACUGCACACAGCCCACACAUGCUCAGCAGCUAUGUGGACACCAGGCAUAAUGAUUACUCGUUACCCAAUACCAAUUGUAAGUAGCAAUUAGGAAUAAAGAGGAGUAGAUUGCUCCUGAUGCGUCAGCAGCCAAGAGUGAAGAAGGACCUGGAGCCAGGACAUCCCUCCCCCGACAGUGAGCCCGGCUCCCCCAGGAUCGUCCAAUCGCCCCAUCCAGUCACGCCAAUACUGAAUCUUCCAACGCAGAAUCUGCUGGAGACUGAGCCCAACACCUCCAACCAGAGUCUGUUGACCAUGACGACGUGUACAAAUCUCCUGACUGUUCCCCAGCCCUCGUACCUCGUGAAACAGCACUCUCAUCCACUCCUGCCGAGCCAGCAGCAGGGGUCCUCGGGGAAUUACAGUGGGUGGAUGCAGAGACAGCACUCCAACCCGGAGUAUCCUGGGAGGACGUCCAGUCCCAGCAUGUCCAUUGAUCCUCUCCCGAGGAUCAAGAUCGAAGGGGGACCUGGGGACGGGAAGGACAAUAGCUCGGCCAGUGGACUGAGGAUCAUUCCUGCUGAGUUGUUGAGGAGUUCCUCAACACCACAGAUGGGGACGACAUCCAGUUCUUCAGAGCCUCGAAUCCGCGAGGGAACGAGUGACCAACGUCUCGGUCACUGCCCAGUCCAACGUCCUGGUCCAGCCCUCGGCUGCAACCACUGUUGGAACACCGUUGACGCACACGGUCGCACCCUGAGACGCAAAACAAAGUACCACUGUCCCGAGUGCCAGAUAAAUCUCUGCAUUGUCCCCUGUUUUCAAGAAUUUCACGAACGUCCACGUGACAAUUCCACUGCUAAAACACUACCAAAAACUAGCUCAAUCUAACGAAACUAGCUGCAAUGCAAAUAAAUUUUCUCAUCAAUGAUAAAACUGCAUAUCACUGUGGCUAGAAUCAAAAAAAUGUGAAGAAUAUUUUGAGGAUAAUACCUGUAAAAAUGGGGAAAAGGAACUGAACAUUUUUUUUCGCUUUUUUUAUUUCAAACGAUGAAUCAUAAAUUUAUUUUUCUCGUAAACUAUCGGUAAUUUUGGCUUUAUUUAUUCGUAAGUUAUAAACUAUAUUUAUUGACGUUCAAUUUUUAUACGAGUGGGAGGAUGAAUUUAUAAGAGAGAGAGAGAGAGAGGUGACGAGAGCCGUCCGAAUUUUUUCAAUAAAUGUUAGCAGCACGUCAAUACGAAUUUCUAGUGGUGUAAUUCAAUUAGAUUUUUACUGUUGAGUAUGACUUUAGUGUAGACUAGAUGAAAAAUAUUAUUUCAGAUAACAAACAUCAACAUCUUUAUCAUAGAAAAGGAAUCAUAGAAAACCUGGUGUAUUCGAUAGAAAAUUUUAUUGGAUUUCGAUUGAAUAAUUCUGCAGCUCUAUUGCGCUUUUUUUUUAAAUCUCCAAUAGAAACUAGUUGAGACAUUUUC